AUUCUACACAACUGCUAAGCAUUUGUGUACUAGACUUGAAACAUAGACGGCCGCUUGAUUAGAUACUUUAAUUCAAUCACCUCACCCCUCACAUAUAUUAUUACUUCACAUUCUGAAGUACCUUGAGCAGCACAUAUCAUACACUAUACCAUGGCUUCCGAACACACAUCCAACGGUGUCCCACCAACAGCAGAGGGAAUGAACGGCACUCCAGCGACCAAUGGCACAGCUCCAACAAACGGAACAUUACAACCUCCUCAAUCCGUUGCUGAUCUCCCUCCGGCAGCUCUCGACCUCGCUGCCAGAUUGUUCGAUCUAGCACGCGAAGGCAACACCACGACAUUGAAGCAAUACAUCGAUGCCGGCGUGCCCAAAAACCUUACCAACUCAACCGGAGACACCCUUCUGAUGUUGACAUCUUAUCACGGGCACGCAGAAACAGCCCAAAUGCUGCUAGACGCGGGUGCUGAUCCGAAUGCGCUGAACGGCCGUGGGCAGAGUCCCAUCGCAGGUGCGGUGUUCAAGGGUUAUGAGGACGUUGUGAAAGUACUGUUCGAGGCGGGUGCGAACAUCAUGGGUGGACAGCCGAAUGCGGUGGAUUGUGCGAGGAUGUUCAGGAGGGAUGGGUUGUUAGAGUUGUUUGGGACAGAGAGGGGAAAGGGGGUGGAGGUGAGAAUUGAUGAGCAGGCGUGAGGGGACUUAGUCGACGUGGAUACGUGUGUGAAGACCGUACUAGAAGGACUUGAUGUGUGCAUUGUAUAAUGAUAGAUUGGGUAUAAUAUGCAUCACGACACGACAUAACACAGCGGAAGAAGAUAUUGGAAGAGUAAACCUCGUGAGGUGUUUUCAGA